UCCUGUGACCUCAAGACUCCAGAAUUACGCAGUAUGCUGUGGUGCUUCCGGCAGCGCCAUCCCUCUUAACAGGACGAGUGCCCUGUGUGGAUUCUCAUUGCAACUCUCCCUCUCAUUUCGUGCUUGAGAGAUAAAGAAAAUAUAAUUUGGAUUCCUACCUCACAAUGCGUGCCUCGACUGUCGUUCUCGUCAUCGUCGCUAUCAUCUUUCCACCUGCAGCAGUAGCAUUCAUAUCGGGAUGCAGCUGCGACCUUCUCAUUAAUGUAUUGUUGACAAUCUUGGGAUAUAUCCCCGGACACAUCCACGCGUUCUGGCUCAUAUACAAGAGGGCAAAAGCCGAGGAGAGAUACGGAAGUGGACAGUACCAUUAUGUCGGAAGUGGACGGUACGAACCUGUUGGAUCUGGCACUACUGCACCUGUCGCCGAUCCCGGACCCAAGCAAAAUUAUGGAGCGACGGCUCCUGGGUAUUGAUUGCUACUUCAGCAAGCAGCUGCCUCUCGCCUUGUCUUUAGAUCUGUUCAUACUGUACAUGGUAGAGUGUGGACCAUUGUACUGAGUACCAGACUGUGCGGUGUUGUAGUAUAUCUGUGAGGUGUUGUGUCGUCACUACAUUUAUAAUAAUAGUUCAUCGUCAGCAUCGACGUUAAGA